AUGUCCGUCAUCCUCUGCACAGCCGGAUACGACCACACGAUUCGGUUCUGGGAAGCCCUCUCUGGCAUCUGUUCACGUACCAUCCAACAUCCCGACUCCCAAGUAAAUCGACUAUGCAUCUCCCCCGACAAAAGAUUUCUGGCGGCAGCUGGUCACCACACGGUCAAGCUAUACGACAUCAAGUCUACGAAUCCCAAUCCUCUUCUCACCUUUGAGGGCCAUACUGGCAACAUCACGGGCGUCGCAUUCCACUGCGAAGGAAAAUGGAUGGUGACAAGCUCCGAAGACGGCACGGUUAAGAUUUGGGAAACAAGGACAGGUUCUAUUCAGCGAAGCUACAACCACGGCUCCCCCGCAAACGAUGUCGUUAUUCACCCCAACCAAGGCGAAAUUAUCAGCUGCGACAGGGCAGGUAGUGUAAGGAUAUGGGAUUUAGCGGAGAAUACUUGCGCGCAUGAGCUGGUUCCAGAAGAGGACGUGCCAGUAUCAAGCGUCACUGUUGCCAGUGAUGGAACCUUGCUUUGCGCGGCAAACACAUUGGGAAAUGUCUUCGUGUGGACACUGAGGCAAACAUACGAUCAAACUCAAAUCAUGCCGGUAACUCAUUUCAACGCUCACAAAGAGUACAUCACUCGCAUCCUUCUCUCACCAGAUGUGAAGAAACUAGCAACAUGUAGCGCCGACCACACAGCCAAGAUUUGGGAGGUCAACAACACCAAACCCCGCGACGAAGGCGAAAAGGAUCCCAAGCCCUUCCCCCUGGAGGCUACACUUACAGGACACCAGAGGUGGGUUUGGGACUGUGCAUUCAGUGCCGAUUCGGCAUACUUGGUGACGGCGUGCUCUGAUCACUACGCCCGGCUGUGGGAGGUACACAGCCAGCAGAUUAUCCGUCAGUACAACGGCCAUCACCGAGGCGCUGUUUGUGUUGCGCUAAAUGAUUACUCGGAGACUCGUUAG